UCCUGUCAGCCGACCUAAAACGUUUCACUGAUCAAGACACCUGCACACACAGAAAAUGUCAAAGUUGGUUGACCUACUUGAUUGGAGGCGAAAAUGAACCUAUUGGAAGUAUAUUUUGUCUGAAUUAGUGGACUUUUACUACUCCGAGAGUCCGGCCAUGCCGACCAGAAGCUUGAAGGCCAUAAGGCUGGACGACUCUCCCAGCACAGGAGACGAAAACAGCAACAUGUCGGAUGUUAUACCCAAUAAAAAUAAACCUGUCCGGAAAACCAAACAGACAAGACUAGAGAAAUCCAAGGUGGCUGCCAAGUCAAGGCGUGACCAUGAGGCGGUGGAAUUUCAAACCCUUACUCAACUCCUGCCCAUGAAACUGUGUGAUUUGGAAAAACUAGACAAAGCUUCCAUCGUCCGAUUGUUGGUCAGCUACAUGGCGGUCAAAAACUACCUACAGCGAGAAUUGGCUGGGGUUGUCAAGGAUACGUGUAAUGGGAAGAAAGCGGUUGCUAUGGAUUUGGAUGACACAUGUCCGGUACCUGACAAAACCCUGGUGCCGAUUAAUGGAACGAACAGCAAGCAUGUACCCGACCUAGCCAGUGUGACGUCAGAAUGUGUGAACGAAAGUAGCCUGAUGCUGACAGCCCUGAAUGGAUUCUUGAUGGUUCUUGACCGCAGGAAAAACAUCAUAUUUGUAUCUGAAAAUGUGGAAGGAUUUCUCGGCAUUUCACAGACAAAGAUGAUCGGUAAUUCAGCUAAAGACUUUCUACACCCUAAUGACAUACCAGAGCUGAAGAAGCAGUUUAACCUUCAAGUGUCUACGAAGGAUGGUGAUGUUCAGCCUAACAUUGAGGGCGAAUCUCUACCAAAGCUGGAAGACAAACGUUUGUUCUACUUGAGAAUGAGAUACCACACCACCAAAUCUGGUAUCCGCAGUCGACAUACUGGAUAUACUUUGGUUCAGUGGUCAGGCCGUAUAAAGAUGAAAAAGUCGGCGACACGUCCCCAUGGUCACGCAAUCGAGUGCCUGGUGUGUAUUUGUCGCCCGAUGCAGUCCACUUCAAUCACGGAGAUCCGCAUGGACGGAAGCAUGUUCAUGAGCAGACAUGACCUGGGAAUGCGAUUUACCUUCUGCGAUACAAGAAUCGUCACAUUGAUUGGCUACGAACCCUGUGAGGUAGUGGGACGGACAGCGUACCAAUUCCAUAAUCCCCUGGACGCGGAAACUGUCGGAAAGUGCCAUUCAAAUCUGAUUAUAAAAGGGACAUCGGUUAGUAAGUACUACCGUUUCCUGGGCAAGAACUGUGACUGGGUGUGGAUGCAAACACGAGCAACUAUUAUAUACAACACAAAAAAUGUACCACAGUACAUCGUCUGCAUGAACUACAUAAUCAGUGAAGAGGAGGGCCAGCGCUAUAUCAUGAUGGACGAGGAAAAGACAGUGAAACCUGUCUGUGCUCCAGGCGUUAUGUACCUUUCAGAAGACCCCAAAUGCGGUGACUCCACCCAAGGGGACCAUAGCGACCCCGGAUAUAUGAGUGGUAAUAGCCCCUAUUCUAGCAUGAACCCGAGUCCCUCAGAUGGUCACCCCAGCGACGACAACAACAUGACAAUGACUGAUGCCGACAGUGACUUCCCACCUGGAGUAUUCCAGGAGGUGGCCAACACAAUCAACCCGAGUCAGGAGUCCAUCUUUGACAUCAUUAGUAGUCUGGGAAAGGAGACUGGCCAGCUGUGUGAUAAAAGAUCUGACCACUCUCCGUUGUCCGAGACUGGAGGCUGGAUGGAUCCCCAGGGUGACAUGGCCGAUAUGUGUCCACCCCGUGCUGACACAAAUGGAUACAUUCCGGUGUCGUCUGUGGAGAUGAUGUCUCCCCCAAGUCAGCCAACAAGGGAGUUUCAAACGCUACUCUCUAGUUCUGGCGACAAAACAAGCUUGACAACAUCUUUACUGCAGUCGCAGAUAUACACACCACAGGGAAAUUUCACCUCAGUUGGAACAGGUCUCCUUGCAGGUAACUGUGAUAUCCUACCUUCACAGACAGGAGAGUCUUGCAGCUCCAGCCUCUCUCCCAUAAGCUCUGCCUCCCAGCAUCUGGAGGAUAACAACAGCAGUAGGUCAUCGAGCGUCUGCUCGGGGCUCAUAUCCUCACCCAAUAUGCCAUCUGACAGUGAUAUUACCCUUUUGUCACCCAUUCCAGUCACAUCCACACCUCAACUUCACAAACUACAAUCUGUUUCUAAAACCUCGUCUUCUCCACAUAGGAAUCUUCUAGAUCUUCAAACUGUUUCCGUGACAUCUCCUUCACACAGAAAUCUCAUAAGCCUACAGUCCAUUCCAGCAUCAUGUUCUCAGAAAAGUAUUUUAGAUGAUCUUCAGCCUAUUCCUACAUCUUCACCUCCACAACAAAAUUUGCUCAAUCUUCAACCAAUUUCGGCUCCAUCAUCAUCACCUCUGAUAAAUCUUCAGCCGGCUGGCUCACCACAAAAUAUCCUUAAUGUACAGACAAAUGCUUCCACUGGUGUGCCUCCCCAACAAAGCCUUCUGAAUCUGCAGACAGCUUCUCCACAGAGUAUGGUAAACAGUCUUCAUCCGUCUAUUUCCACUCGAUCCCAACAUCCUCAUAGCCUACUGAAUGCACAUCCUGUCACAUCAGCCCAGCUUCUCAACCUCCAGUCUAGCAUUCCUGUGACAACAGUCGCCUCACCAAUAAGUCCUCAAAAUCAACCUGUCAGCCCAAAUUGUACCCAAGAAAUGAUAAACCUGCAGCUUGGGAUAUCCGGAGAGAGCAACGGAAGUGAUAUGUCUGGAUCAGGAGCAGAUGAUCUACCACCAGAGAUAUCGGACAUGUGGCUUCAAUUCUGCAGUACAAUGACCGAUAACCAAGUCCAGCAAGUCCUGGAUGAGUUCCGGCGUGAAGAACUCCUAUCGUCAAUGGAAGAACGCCGAAACCGACAACAAGCUACAGUGGCGCCUUUACAAGCCACACCCGACAUGAAUUGCAUACCAAAUACUUAUACCAACCAAAACGUCAACUACCAAGGAUGUCAGAAGUUUCCAAAUGUUGGGCCAACGUUCGCUCAGGGCUGCGAUCGCUGUGGUGUCAUGCAGAAUGGAUCUGAACACUACCCAAGUACGACUAAUGUACCAAGUCCUUAUUCUGUACAAAUGUCCCACCACCAGGUCAACAGGCUAAUACCUGGCAGUGCUAUAUCUUGUGCAAACUGUUCCUCUUCUCAGAACGGACAAUAUCUGUGUGUGCGACACAAGAAUAGUUCCCCUUACAGUCAUCCCCAGGUUGUCAGUGAUGGGAAAUCGACCACUAUGUCAGAACUUGAGAAAAUGUUGCGUGGGUACUCGAGUACCACACAGCAGUGCAAUGGCAAUUUCUGCGAUUCACAGUCUAUAAGCUCUUGUGACCUUGACAUUGGUGGGUCAACUCUGCUCAAACAGAUGUUGACCGGACAUCUGUCUGGUGAGUGUUAUCACGCAAUGGAAAAGCGACGACAAGCCACUACUAAUGUCUCCAACCAGUAACAUCGCUGGACACAAGCGUCCAGUCUAACGUUUGUGGACAUUUAGGCAUCCACACUCAGUAUCUAUGCCUUGGGGACUGAUACUGGACACAAGUAUUUGUCCAAACAUAUCAAUAACAUUGGACAUAGAUGUCCAGUCUGGACAUAGUCCAUAGCCACCUGGAAGUGACCAUUAUGGACACAAGUGACCACAGCAUUCGUUAGUUCUUUAAACAAGGUUGUCCGUGGCUUGUCAGAGAGUAUAUUGAGUUAUCACCCUUGUUUGACAAUACUCCUGGUUAUUUUACAUUAGAAGUGACAUCUAUUUUUGACAGUAUGGCGAACAGCUGCUAAUAUGAUUAGUCUGUGCAGUGAUUUAACAGGAAUACUUGUUCUAAGCAAUAUGGUACAUGUUACCAAGGUUACGGAUGCUGUUACCAGGGCUACAGAACUCUGAGAGUUUAUGAAAUUCAUCAGAUGUGAAUAACUUUGUCAUAGACAAACUGCUGAAUUUGUAAAAUAUUUUGUGUAUUUAUCCAAAAAAAAUAUGAUCAUUACAUUUAAAUAGUAUUUCAUCACAGGAGAUUUUUUUUGCAAUUUAUGUUUUUGUCUUUAAAAGCUUCUAUUUUUUUCACACAUUUGUCAGUAUUGUUUGUGAUUAGACUCACACUGUUUGUCCUGAGCUUUGGAUCUGCUGCUGUGACAGUUACAGUAUUGUAAAUGACAUUGAGUGAAUGUUCAGUUGAUAAAAGUUACUGAUGAUUGUGUAUGCUCAGGAACAUGGCUAUCCAAUAUAAGGGAAAAACCCCACCUGAUAUUAAUAAUUAAUCGUCCUUGCAUGUACUUAUGAAGAAAAUUGAAAAGAUCAGUUCUAUACUGUUUCACAUGACCCCACUGCUUCAUAUCAUUGUUAGAUAUAUGCCAUAUGUACAAGUGUUAUGUAUGUGUUUAAGGUGUUGUGUCUGAUGAAGUGCUGAGUUUAAAAGUUGUUAUUUUGCUAGUGUAAGUAUUGUACCAUAGCUUUAUCAUCUACUUACCUGGUCAGUACCAGCAUUUUCUUGUCCAUUCUUGGUCAUCUGGUUGUGAGAAAUUCCAGUUCCUCAAGAAAGUUCUCUCAAAGUAACAUUGUAAUAGUGUUUUGUUUUGUGAUAGCCUUUCAUGUUUCAAAUAAUUACAUAUAUUGCCAUCUGUCGUCAUUCAUUUCAGAACUAGUUGCACAUCUUCUGUUUCGCUGGUGAUAACAAUGUAACUUUCACACAAGGGAAUAUUUCCCAAUAAGAUUAUAUAAUGUGAAAAUGUUUGUUUCUUAAUUUCAAGAUUUGCACAUUCUAUUUAACUGAACCAAAACACUUGAGGCAAUGAUUUUUUUAUUUAUAUGAAAUACACAACACAUUUUGAACUCAAACAGAAGAAUGUGAAAAUAAAAAACAAAACAGAUUUCAAGAAAAAAUUUAUUUUGAAGGAGUCUAGUAUUUACCUGCACAGUAGAAUGUGAGAUGGCCUGAAACUUCGGAAGUCCCGUCUGCUAGGUAGUAUUUACCUGCACAGUAGAAUGCGAGAUGGCCUGAAACUUCGGAAGUGCCGUCUGCUAGGUAGUGUCUCAGUCAAAUUAGCAGAAAGUGCGAGAGGAACAAUAUAUGUCUCGGAAAACCUGGCAGGAAUGACAUAAUUCUUGUCAGUUCUUGAUAAGUAAUCCUUUUUUGUCUCGUUUCCAUGUAAUUCUGUAUCUGGAUUGUGUAUCAUCUCUCCCUUAGCUAACCUACAUUUAUAUGUAAACAGAUUUCAGAGGGAGCCAUGUACAUAUUAUCUCUAAUUGAACUCUCAUAUACAUAUAUAUAUGACCUACCGUGAAUUUGUAAGUAUGAAUAGAAAAAAUUAUGGAACCUAAUUUUCAUUCCUAUGGUAUGUGAGGGGCUGCACCUGUUGGCCUGAAUGCAGAUUUGAUGUGUACUGUAAAUGAAAUUAACAUUUGAUGUGUUUUAUGUACAUACACCUAUACACUUUAUAAUUGUUUAAGCAUGCAUAAAUUAGAUUAUUAAUUUUCUCGUUAGCAUCUCAGUUUUACCUUACACAUUGACGAGCAAUUUAAAUCGUAAAGGACUUCCACUUAGUAUUUGCCCUUUAAUGUAUAAUAAUUUCUAUAAAAGUCAACGCAACACAGAAGAGGAUUAUUUUUCUUAGAGUUACUUCCCUUAGAAAGAUAGUUCAUUUUCAUUUCUGACACUUAAGUAGCCAUGCUGAUGCAGAGCAUAUCUUCUUUCCUUUGGGCCUUUUUCUUACAAGGCAUUCUUUAGGUAAAAAGUAUAUCAAUGUAAAAUGAUUUUUUUUAAUAUCACCAUAUGGACUUAUAAUCUAUAUAAGUCUGUUAUGAUGGAAGGAAAUAGGUUAAAAUAUUUACUCUUUUGAUAAGGAGUUUUCGUGUAAGUUUUACAUAAUAUUUUGCUCAGAACUCUACUAUCACAUUUACAAUCUGAAGAUUUUACAUGCUGAAUAAAUCAACUUCUUUGAAAACUUUUGCAAUCUGAAGAUUUUUCAUGCUGAAUAAAUCAACUUCUUUGAAAAACCUAUCCAAAAAAUGUUCUAAAAAGCCUUAAAAUGACAAAAAAUAGCCUAAACAUAUAUAGGGCUGAAUUAUUUUGGCGUCAUUUACAUCAGAUAAGUUAUAUGAAGUGUUAAAUUUCAAGUUAAUCAGCAAUUUUUCGUUUACUUAUUUACAAAUAGAAUACAUCUAUUUUGUAGUUAGUGUUUCAGAAUAACCUCGGUCCAUUCUUCUGUGUUAAGCAGGUUAUGCUAAUAUGGAGACGGGCAUCUACACAUGUACAAUGCAUUUAUUGUAGUGAAAUAUUUCAUAUGAUAUGCCCAGUGACAUAUAUUUACCUAUAUGAUUAUCUUUUUGAAUUUAAAAAUAAAUAAAUAUGCAUUUUAUUUGUUUGAAUCAAAGUAAAGUUUGGUAUUGAAGGGGAGAUAACUUUAAUAGCGAUGUAAUCAUUUUGGAACAGUUAACUAAAUCAUACAAUAUGAUUAAUUACCUACUCUUAGUAAAUGUUUGGUAGUCAAAGGGAGGUAACUGAUUCAAAAUUAAUUUGAUAUGUACACAUACAUUAUUCAUACUAUGUUUCACUUACUCGUACACAUAUUGAGAAUGAAGAAUUUUUUUCCUUGGAUUAAACCUUGUCCUUAAAUGACCUAAGCUGUUUAUAGGACAUUAAAUAUUACUAACUGAAACACAUCCUUGAAUUAACAUACUUCAGCAAACAUGUUUUUUCAUAAAUUCUAAACAUUUAUAUAUCAUAGGAAAAUAUUGCAACAAUUACUGUUUCCAAUUUAACUGUGAUGAUAGUGAUGAUGUUAAGAAUAAUCUUAAUGCUUUCUUGUUAAUUGUUCAACUUUUGUAUGAUUCUGACUUUUUUUACCCUGUUUUACCAAUCAUUAAUUGAUUUUUGGAAUGUCUUUAUAAAGAACUCUUUUAGGAGGGAGAUAGUGUAGGUAGGAUACAUCCUUAUGUGAAUUGUUUUUUUAUCUUGCCAAUUUUUUAACAUGAGCCUAUCUUGUUUGUAUUUUUACAGUAAGUAAUUGCGGAAAUUUUAAUUAGUUUAUAUAUGUCCCUCCCUUAGAUAUCAAAAGAUAAUAUUUUCGCCCUAUUUUGCUACUCAUUAAAGUUUUGUUAAACAGAAUUUGUAGUUGAGUCACAGUAUCAGAUUAGAACAGAUUAGUGGUGGCUGGAUAGUGGGACAACCAGAUUUGGAUAGUGGGACAGCCAUAUUAGUGGUAACUGGAUAGUGGGACAACCAGAUUUGGAUAGUGGGACAGCCAUAUUAGUGGUAACUGGAUAGUGGGACAACCAGAUUUGGAUAGUGGGACAGCCAUAUUAGUGGUAACUGGAUAGUGGGACAACCAGAUUUGGAUAGUGGGACAGCCAUAUUAGUGGUAACUGGAUAGUGGGACAGCUCUAUUAGUGGUGACUCGAUAGUGGACAGCCAAAUUAGUGGUGCCUGGAUUAGUGGACAGCCAAAUUAGUGGUGCCUGGAUUAGUGGAGUUCAACUGUUCAUGGCAGUGUACAGACACAUAUUUACUAUCGUAUUAAACUUCUGGGCAUGUAUCUUCACCUCAUUAAUUAAUAUUAUGUAAUUAAUCCGACACAGGUAUUAUUAAAUACGUCUCGGUUACAGUGGUACUCAUUGUAAUAUUCAUUUCUAUAUGUGAAAUGAAACAUAUCUUUGACAGGUUGACAUUAAUAAUUGAAUACACCUGUUGUUAUAUACAUUUGAAUAAUCUACCUUAAGAGAAGAUUUCACCUGUACAAUCUGCCCUCCUGACCUUUAUUUCUACCUGUAUAUAAUGUCAUUAUUAGUGUGUUUACUUCUACACAAUACAAAUCAUGAUAUCACAAGCAAUCAAUCAUGCUUUAAUUGUUCAAAUUAUAUAUAUAAAAACCUUGUUUAUGUCACAUAGAAUUUUAAAAUGUAUUUUUUUUCACAUGGAAAUUUAAAGUGUAUUGUUUGUUACAUAGAACUCUAAAAUGUGUAUUGUCAUGCAGGAUGCAAGAUUUGUUACAUUGUAAGACAAAGUUAUCCGAAGUUUUGUUUAUUUUCUCAUAUUUGUUUUUAGAAAAUUCUGUCUUUUGAUAUCGUAUUUUUUGUUUAAUACAAUGUCACUCAGUUUACUAUUGAGUUCAUCAUUCAUUAAUUCUACAGAUAUAAUAUUAUCUUCAUGGAAUAUAGAAUUCAUUCUUAAAGUUAAAACUACCUUUAACUGUAAAAGUUUUUGUGCUUGAGAGGUGCAUGGCAUGGGAUUUGUUUUAAUUCAAAUUUAUUUUUAUGCAAAAAAAUUGCUUUAAGAACUUUAUUUGUAAGGUUUUUAAGUGAUCAUGAAGAUUUUAGCUCGACUUUCAGCAUUGAAAUGUAUACAGAAAUUAUCAUGCAAAUUUCUGUAUGCAUGCUUAUUUCAUUUUUUAUUUAUUUUUUCCCCCACAUCACAAUAGAUAAUCUAAUUCAAGAGAAUAUAUCAAAACUCAAAUAAAAUACUUUUAACAUUUUUGCAUGAUUUAGAGGUGGAAAUAGUGAAAAUAUUUUUUGUUCACAAUCAAAGAAAUAUUCCCAAGCAAACAGGAGGCUUAUUUCCUAACCAUGUGAUAUAAAUACAAAAGAUUUUUAUGCUGUUGUGAUUUCUGCUUGAUCAUAUCAAGGGAUUGUUAAAGCUCGUCAUUAGUUUGUACGAUCAUGUGUUUGACUAGUGUAUUAAACACUAUAUAUAUAAAUAUAUAUUGCAUAUUAUAACA